CUGACAUCAACUUUGCAACAUUUGAUUUGUAUGCCAUGGCAGAAGGCUAUUCAGAGCGAGAUCCCACCAAGGAGAAUGCAAUGCUAUGUCGCAUCCUCUCAGCAGACUUGGCUUCUAAAGAGCUGGCCGAGCUAGCCGCUGAGUUGGAUGCAGAGUCCAAGCCACGCCUGCUGAAUGUAGAGACUGUUGAGCGCGUGCUCAUGGCCAAGCUCUCCGCUCGAGCUUUGCUGGCGGAAAAAUUGAAGUUUUUGAGGGAAUGCUCCAAAGCUUGCGAGGAGGCGCGGCGUGAUGCUCGGUACCCUCCAGCAGUUUUGCAGCAACUUCCCAAGGUGCAUCAGAUGAUUGGCAACUAUGGGUCUUUGAGUAUGACCUGCACCGAAUUGUUUGGCCAUGACUCUGUGCCGCCUGACCAGGCAAGUGCUUGCCUGCAAUCCAUGCUUGAGCGGCGCGAACUGACUAUUUUCCUUCUUGAUGCUAUGGCAAAUGCCAUGGAGGAACCAGAUCAGAUUGCUGCCAUCUUCGGGCCAUUCUUGAACCAGGCUUGCUUCCGCCUGAAAGGCCGGAACUUGGUGGAUCAGAAGCUGGAGGAGUUCCGACUAAUAGCAGAUGUCAGCGCAACGAAGGGGCCCUUGGCAAAGCUCUUGGUGACCUUGCCGGCUUUCCGACCAUCCACGGUGCAGGCUGCACCGAAUCCGUUCCUUGGCAUGAUGGCAGGUGCCUCUGGUGCCGUGCCACAGCCUGGCAUGGGAUGGAGGCUUCAAUCGGAGAGUCUUUUUGGUUGGAUAUUGUCGCCAACUUGCAUUGACACAGCUUUGUACAAGGAACAGAGCGCCCGUUCAGUGCAUUUCUCCCGUGGCCUUGCAUCCCGAAGCCGGGCCUCAGUCGAGUCUGUUCAAAGAUUGCUUCGGGACACAGUGCAGGAGGUGCUUCGGCAGGGGAGUAGCAUCGUGGCACCACUACUUCGUGCUGGCGAGGCCAGCAGAAACGCCGUGGUGGGCUGGUUUGCAGCUUUGGUCACUGGUUCACAAGCGAGGACGAAAAGCGCCAACAUGAUGGACCAGGGUCAAGGACCCCAAGGAUUUCUGUCCAUGCUUGAAAAUGCGCCGGUUCCUCUCGAGAUGCAGAUGCAAAUGCAAAUCAUGAAGGCCCAAACGUCUGGAUUUGCAACAUCUGGACUUUGUGUGAACAGUUUCUGGGCCAUUUUAGAGCUGGUGAAGCCCAUCAAGCUUCCUCAGGUCACCACGCUGGAACCAUUCUACUUGCUGAGAGAAGGUCCCCACGAUAAGGAGGUCAUUGGCGGCUUCUUAGAAGAGCCGCGCUUUGGAGAGACCUCAGAGGUUGAGGCCACCAAAGAGUAUGCCACAUCGAAGGGUCAUCUGAAAGAUCCCUCCAAGUUUCCAGCUCAAAUCUUUUGGCUGGCGAUACGAGCCUUCCACGUGCUUUGCGUGCCUGUGAUGAAGGAAAACCUUUGCAUGGUCGCAGCAGCUGGUUUCUUUCAGCAGAAAAAUCCGGCCGUGAUGGAGACUGCACUGGGCGAGCACUUGGUAUAUGAAGCAAUCCUUGGCAGCAGCGCCUUCCUAGGUGACUUGGGGACCUUCCUGAACUUGGUCAUGGCCUUUUGCUUGGGAGCGGCCUUUCCUGAGAAAGCAGCAGAAUUUGCAGCCGGCAAAGUUCUCGGCUCUGUGCUAACAGAGGAGGUGUCUCCUCAAUGGUUAGUUCUACCGUCCUGCAUCCUGGAGGACAUCGUAGAGGUCUUGGAGAUUGUGACGAGCAUUCAGCCGCCAGGGAAAGGUCCAUCAGAGUUAUUCCUGCAUCUGGACGCGCAGCUUUUGCUGCUAUUGGUCACCUUCAUCCUUGGCAAUGGCCAGCAUGUGAAGAAUCCCAACCUCCGUGGAAAGGCAGCGACCCUUUUGAAAGGUCUGACCGCGAACUCAAACUAUCGCCACCUGGUGGAAAACUCGCCAGUCUUGGCGAAUGACAUUGUCCCAGGGUGCAUUCGAGUCUUCACCGCUGUGGAAAAGACCAAGCAGUCGUUUUAUGACAUCCGGAUGCAGCUGAAGUACCAACUGCGAAUUCCGAUCAUGGAGCUCUUUGAACGGGUGCUGCCACUGGAGGCGCACAAGAAAGCUCUCAAGAGCUUUGCCACAGAGAACCCGGACGAGUUCCUGAAGUUCCUCAACAACUUGAUGAACGAUGCUACUAUGCAGCUGGAAGAGGGGAUGGACACUCUCAUUGAGAUUCGUCGGCUAAUGAGAGAAGGAAAGGAGGCUGAGCUUACUCGCCCAGCGGCUUCUAGCGUGGCUGAAGAUGAGCAGACUGGAGAAGGUACAGAUCUAUAUGCCCGCAGCCGCGCAGAUCCCAAGGCCCACUGCAAACAAUACAUGCAAAUGGGCCACAGAACCAUCAGCACACUGUGGAGCAUUAGUCGGGAGGCCCCAAUGGUGAUCAUCACCAAGCUGAAUGUUCUGCAACAGAUGCUCCACAACUGCCUCAACAGCUGCUUGGACCGACUCGUGGGUCCUCGUUGCUUGGAGCUCAAGGCACCACAGAAGGGCCAGGUUAGUGAUUUCGAAGAAUACAGCUUCAAGCCCAAGGAGCUUCUGCAAAUGAUUGCUGAGAUGUACGUCUUUGUUGCCCGAGCUGACAAAGAGAAGGUGCAGAAGACAAUAACUGAAGAUGGCCGAAGCUACCGUCCUAAAACAUUUCAGAAGGCAGUGUCGAUAUUGAGGCGUGAGCAGAUGAUUUCCGCGGACAUGCUGCAGGAGUUCUCUACCUUUGUCCAGGAGCUCAACGACUUGGCAGAGAGUCAAGAAGCCGCGUUGGCCAAUGUCACAGUGCCCGAUGAUUUCCUGGACCCCAUCAUGUCUGAGAUCAUGGUGGAUCCAGUCUUGUUACCAACCUCAAACACCAUCAUGGACCGAAAGGUGAUCGAACGGCACAUCAUGUCCAAUGAUGACGAUCCUUUCAAUCGUAAGCCGCUGGCUGUCAAGGUUCGGGAAUGGCACGCCAAGAUCUCCCUUAUUUCGCUUGAUAGGUGCAGAUUUCAAUCAUUCUGACUCAUCCGAGUUGCUGCAGGCGCGGAAUGAAUGCUUACAGACCAACAUGUCUGACAGGAUCUUUUGCCUCAGACAGAGCUUCGCGACAAAAUUGUGGACUUUUGCAAGCAGCAUGGCAUCGUCAUGGGCAAUGAAAGUGAUUGAUGAGAUGCCCCUGCUGAGCUUUCGUCAGCAUCAUCUACCUCGGGCUGUACCGUGAAAAUCCCUGCGAAAGGCUUCGGCGACGCGCUGAGGGGCUCGAGCACAAAAUGAGCAGAAUGGGGGAUUAGAGAACAGAUCUGAUGGAGUGUGGCCAAGCUACGAAUGUUGGAAAAAUCCGAAUG